ACUACUACUUGCAGCAGUGUGCUGUUAUCUUACAACUACAACUACUACUACUAAUACUGCUCCACUUCUCUUGUUUCCACUCUCAGAAGAGCAAGCGCUCGCUGUACUAAAAGUAUAACAAUUUCAAGUAAGCAAACUCAUACCAUGUACAACAAAAACAACUGGCCAUCAUUAAUGUGACCCUUUUUGCUUCUCUACAUUUCACGGAUUUCUCCAUCACUACUCUGCUAAUUAGCUACACCCAGCCCCUACAUAUAUAUAUAUAUAUCCAUCUGUCAAACCACGUACCAGUACUAUUGACUGUUCCUUGUUAGUUAUCGAUCGAUCACCACACUCCAUUCAAUGGAUGAGCUUGGUAAGGUGACGAUGGAGAUAUUUUCUAAGCUGGAGCAGAAAUGGUUGUACCAGUACGAAGGGAAGAAAACGCGUAUUCUUAGCAUUGAUGGUGGUGGAACUACUGGCAUUGUUUGUGGGGCUGGGUUGAUUCGUUUAGAACAACAGAUCUGUGCCAAAGUUGGAGAUCCUCAUGCUCGAAUAUCGGAUUACUUUGACAUUAUCGCCGGUACCGGUGUCGGUGCGGUUUUUGCUGCAAUGCUUGUUGCUGAUAGAGGCGAUGGACGUCCGAUAUUCACGGCGAAAGAUGCGGUGAGAUUCGUAACGGUGAAUCAAUCACGCCUGUUUAAGGCGAAGAAUGUCGGCGUUAUUCACCGGAAAAGGAGGUUUUCCGGGAAGAGUAUGGAUAAGGUGUUGAAGGAAACUUUCAGGAGAGAUGAUGGAAAAGUGUUGACGUUAAAGGACACGUGUAAGCCUAUCCUUGUUCCAUGCUUCGACCUCAACAGCUCAGCUCCCUUCGUUUUCUCCAAAGCUGAUGCGACGGAGUCACCGAGCUUUGAUUUCGAGCUCUGGAAAGUUUGCCGUGCCACGUCAGCAAAUCCAUCAAUGUUUAAGCCGUUUCAGCUAAAUUCCAUCGACGGAAAAACCUCUUGCUCCGCCGUAGACGGCGGUCUUGUGAUGAACAACCCCGCCGCCGCCGCGGUAACUCAUGUUUUACACAACAAACGGGAUUUUCCUUCAGUGACUAGCGUUGAUGAUCUGCUGGUUCUUUCUCUGGGUAACGGUCCGUUAAGCCCUCAGUCAAAGUUGAAACUCCGUAGUGACGGCUACUGCUCUUCGUCUUCCGUCUUCGGUAUCGUUAUCGACGGCGUUUCUGAAACCGUUGACCAAAUUCUCGGCAAUGCGUUCUGCUGGAAUCCUAAUGACUACGUGAGAAUUCAGGCUAACGGAGUGGGAGUGGGAGUGAGAGGGGAGGAGGUGUUGGAGGAAAGAGUAGUAGAGUCGUUACCUUUUGGCGGUAAGCGGUUAUUAACGGAGACUAACGGACAAAGAAUCGGAAUCUUCGUACAUCGGCUUGUGAAGACCAGUUUACCGCCAAGUCCUUGCAAGGAAACUACCGUGAACAGCCCUCUCACUAACGGACGUUAAGUCGUUUUCAUUGGCGUCUUCUCUUUUUUUUAUUAAUCACUUUUUGUCCCUUCUGUUUAGUGUUAGACUCGAGAUUAUUGUAAAACCUUUGUCGUGUUACGCCUUAAUUGUCUUUGAUGCUCGAGUAGAAUAUAAGUGGUCGCAUAUUUUAAUAAUACUAGCUUAGUACUAAUAUAUUACGUAAAUUCUCCUUUGUCUUUAA